UAUACUUUUGGCCAAAAAUUUUCCUUCCAAUGUAAAACAUGGUUAACGCCAAAAAUUCUCCCGGCUGGGGUUCUGCUUCUGCAAGCAAUCGGUCAUCAGGUACGACAAUGAUCAAUCUUCCAACCGGUCAUACUGAAAAUUUGCACUCAUUGGAAUGCUUCCCCAAACUUAAAGGGAGGAAAAUGAUGAAGGAUAGUAUUCAUUCAGCUUUGGCAAGUGAUGACAUCCUCCUCGAAAUCCUCCUCCGUUUGCCCGAGAAAUCUGUUUUCAAGUUUAUUCUCGUGUCCAAAAGAUGGCUGUACUUGAUUUGUAAUUUUUCUUUUCGUCGUUGUUAUGAAAAGCAAUGGGGUGCACACAGUCGUCUUUUUGGCUUUUUCGUAUGCAAUUUUCUUUACAUUGACAGGCCACAAGACGGGGUGAGGCGCCCGCGGUACGAGCCUGCUCUACCUCUACUUUCAACUUGUAAAGAGAGUGAUGAUCUAAUGUCAUCUGGAAUCUUAAGGAAGCUUGGCUAUUUUAUUGACUACUCUGAUGGGCUUCUUCUCUGUGGUCGACACCCGAAACAUUAUUAUGUCUGGGAUUCCGUCACCAAGUAUCGACGCCAACUUCCUCAACCUCAAAAACACUACAAAUAUCUAUGUACAGCGUUCAUGACCGAAGACCCCAGCGAAGGUCGCGGAGAUAUCGUAUAUAGAGUUGUUCGGGCAAACUGUGAAUGCAGAGUCGAUGUAAUCAACACCAUCUCCAUAGAGACUUUCUCCUCACUGACUUGGACAUGGAAGCCAUCCACUCUUGUUUGUUCUUCAGAGUUUGCUUUGAGCCCAUGGACGGUGGGUACCGUGAUCAAAGGAGUUAUCCACUGGUUCGGAACAUAUCGAAGUUUAGCCAUUUAUGAUCCCGGAUUCGGAGAACGCCGCAUAACUUCAAUCAAGCUACCAGUCGGUCAGCUGACUCAUGACUACGAGGACUCCAUUUUAGGAGAGUCAUCUGAUCGGCUUUUGCAGUACGGUCAAAGCGGGAAGCAUGGAUUGGAGACAUGGGUUCUGUACAAGGAACACGAUAACUCGUUAUCUCCUUUCGACACUCGUUGCGAGUACCGGUGGAAGUUACGAUGCAAACUAAGCUACAAAGAGCUGUGGAAGCAGAACCCGAAUUCAGGUAUUCGGUCUAAAGAACCUCAAAUAUUAUCGUUCAUUCGUCGAAACUCGGACUCUGUUUUCAUUAGGUUGGGAUCAAACAUCUACCAGUGUAACAUCAGAAGCAAAACACUUGAAGUGAUUCCUUACCAUUGUGAUGCUCUUUCGAUCCCAUGGGAUUUUUGUAAAGUAGUGCCUUACUUUCAGAAGAUCUGGCCCCAUUCCCCUCUCCAAAACCCCCCAGACAUAUUUAAUCCUUAUGCUUCAUUUUCUUGAGCUGCUAUUUCGCAUCAACUAUGAGAUGCGCCUGCUCUGUUGCCAUUUUCUUCUUGUCUUAAUGACGAUUAGGUGGUUCUCCUUUUUGUUGA